AUGGCUUUCGCAAAUAUCUUUAAACGAAAAAUUUCGACACCAGAUAUUGAUUCUAGUUCUACCUCAAUUGAGAACGAAAAAAAUGCAAAUACCAGAGUCAACCUUACCGAACUCGAAUCGCUUAGUUCUGGAGAGAAAAAGUUAGAUCAUAUAUUCCAAGAUCCUGUGGUUGCAGCACAUUAUCGGGAAGUGUAUGAAAAUACCAACUACGAAUGUAAAGACUACUUCGAUCCAGAAUUUACAUGGACCGAAGAAGAAGAACGUAGAGUUGGUUGGAAAAUUGACUGGUAUGUUACGUUUUGGGCAUUUGCGAUGUUCAUGGCAUUGGAUAUUGAUAGAUACAAUAUCCAACAAGCUUUAUCUGAUAAUAUGCUUGAUGAUUUGAACCUCACUACCAAUGAUUAUAAUCUAGGAAAGACCGUCAACCUUGUCAGCUUCUUGGCAGCUGAAUUGCCUUCUCAAUUGAUUUCCAAAUGGAUUGGACCUGAUAUUUGGAUUCCAGCUCAGCUAGUAUUAUGGAGUGCUGUAUCGAUGUCCCAGGCAUGGAUGAAGGGGAGGCAAGGUUUUCUUGUAACAAGAGCAUUGGUAGGUGCAUUACAAGGAGGUUUCAUCCCAGAUGUUUGCUUGUGGAUGUCAUACUUCUAUACUUCCAAGGAAUUCCCAUCAAGAUUGUCUUUGUUUUAUAUUGCGAAUCCAUUAGGUUCCAUCGUGGCAAGUUUACUUGCUUUUGCUCUUUUAAAAGUCAAUACCUCGGGAAUGAAGGAAGGUUGGAGAUGGUUGUUUUUAAUUGAAGGUGCUGCAACUUUAAUUAUUGGAAUUAUGUCAUUCUUUAAGAUGCCAGCUUCAGUAGUUCAGACCAAAACGUGGUAUCGAAAGAAAGGCUGGUUCACUGAAAGAGAAGAAUUACUUAUAGUGAACAAAGUUUUAAGGGAUGAUCCAUCGAAAGGUGAUAUGCACAACAGAGAACCAGUAGGUCCAAAGGAGUUAUUAACAUCAUUAUUAGACUAUGAUUUAUGGCCCGUUUACUUCAUUCGUAUUCUUGGAGAUAUUGGUAGUACACCAGUACAAUCAUAUUUGACUUUGACAUUAAGAAAAUUAGGAUUCUCCACUUUCGAUACUAAUGCUUUAACUAUCCCUGCAAAUGUCCUUCAAAUUAUAUCUAUGGUUAUCACUGGUUGGUUAUCAGAAAUAGUUAAUCAGAGAGCAUAUGCUUUGGCGAUCACUCCUAUCUGGGUUCUAGCUUGUCUCUUCCCCUUACGAUAUUGGAAAGGAGCCCAAAAAGAUAUUUGGGGAACUUAUACAAUUUUAACAAUCCUUUUAGGCCAUACACCAACGUGGCCAUUAUCAAUUUCCUGGAUAUCUGCUAAUUCUAAUUCUGUGAGAGCAAGAGCUGUUUCAGCAGCAAUUGUUAAUAUGUUUUCCCAAGCUGGUGCUAUCGCAUCGGCUAACAUUUACCGAAUGGAUGAUGCUCCUUUAUAUCAUAGAGGUAACGAACAAUUGAUCGCUAUUGCGUUUGGCGCAUUAGCAAUGUGCAUUAUCUCAAAAAUAUAUUAUAUUCAAAGAAAUAAGUAUAAGGAAAGGAAAUGGUCUGCUUUGACUAUUGAAGAGCAGGAAGACUAUAUCUCGAACUCAACCGACGAAGGAAACAAACGUCUUGAUUUCCGUUUUGUACAUUAA